AUGGCAGACAAAACCCUGGGCGUGUGGCACGCAGAAUCCUGUGCUUUCCACGCGUACCGCAGUCUUUCUUACGCGGUUAUUGCCUACGGCUGCGCCAGCUGCCCCAAGCUGACCUGCGAGAGGGACGGCUGCCAGACGGAGUUCUGCUAUCACUGCAAGCAGAUAUGGCAUCCCAACCAAACCUGCGACAUGGCCCGCCAGCAAAGGGCACAGACGCUCCGAGUACGGACCAAGCACACGUCAGGCCUCAGUUACGGACAGGAAUCCGGACCGGCUGAUGACAUCAAGCCGUGUCCGCGUUGCAGCGCUUACAUCAUCAAGAUGAACGAUGGGAGCUGUAACCACAUGACCUGCGCGGUGUGUGGCUGCGAGUUCUGCUGGCUGUGUAUGAAGGAGAUCUCGGAUCUGCAUUACCUCAGCCCCUCUGGCUGUACAUUCUGGGGCAAAAAGCCAUGGAGUCGUAAAAAGAAGAUUCUCUGGCAGCUGGGCACGUUGAUCGGCGCUCCUCCUGUGUAUGUUGGGAGGAAGAUCCACAGCAGGUAUGAGGGAAAGAAAACCUCUAAGCACAAGAGGAACUUGGCCAUUACUGGUGGGGUCACCUUGUCUGUCAUUGCCUCUCCAGUCAUCGCUGCUGUCAGUGUUGGUAUUGGAGUCCCCAUCAUGCUGGCUUAUGUCUAUGGUGUUGUGCCGAUCUCGCUGUGCCGAGGCGGUGGCUGCGGAGUUAGCACCGCCAAUGGAAAGGGUGUGAAAAUCGAGUUUGAUGAAGAUGAUGGACCAAUCACAGUGGCUGAUGCCUGGCGAGCCCUGAAGAACCCCAGCAUUGGCGAAAGCAGCAUUGAGGGGCUGACCAGUGUGCUGAGCACCAGCGGCAGCCCCACCGAUGGGCUCAGCGUGAUGCAGGGCAACUACAGCGAGACGGCCAGCUUCGCCGCCCUCUCAGGCGGUACCCUGAGUGGUGGUGUCCUCUCGGGAGGCAAGGGGAAGUACAGCAGGCUGGAAGUUCAGGCAGAUGUCCAGAAGGAGAUUUUCCCCAAAGACUCGGUCAGCUUGGGGGCUAUCAGUGACAACGCCAGCACUCGAGCCAUGGCUGGUUCCAUCAUCAGCUCCUACAACCCCCAGGACAGGUAGGAGGACAUGUGAUGGUGAGAAGGAGUGUUGGUAGUGGCCAACCCAAGUCACUACCAGCUGGCCAGCGGCAGCAGUACAGAGGACUCUCUGCAUGUCCACGCCCAAAUGGCAGAGAAUGAGGAAGAGGAGGAGGAGGAGGAAGAGGAUGGUGAGCAGGAGCAGACAUGCAAACACCAAAGCUGUGAGCAAAAGGACUGCAUUGCCAGCAAAACCUGGGACAUCACCCUGGCCCAGCCUGAGAGCAUACGGAGUGACCUGGAGAGCUCCGACAGUCAGUCGGACGACGUGCCAGACAUUACGUCGGACGAGUGCGACUCCCCCCACUCUCAGACUGCAGCAGUCUCCCCACAGACCCCCAAAGCUAGAGGUGCCGAGAGCCCAAGUGCCCACCCGAGCCACUGUGCCCAAGCUGAGGGCUGCAGGCUGGAUGAUAUAGUCAAACUGGAGUGCAUCGAAGCCAGAGUAUGAAGUG